AUGGAGGAAGAUUCAGCAUUGGUGAGUUAUUUUGAUGACCCAAUUGGAAAUGUACCAGUAAGUACCCUACAUGCCAGUGUCAAGGGGAUUAUGAUAGAAGUCAAUGGAGUGUUUUGGAGGGGGGCGAAACAAACAGUGUAUUAUUCAUUCAAAUUAACCCAACAUUUGAAAUAACUUCAACCAGCAGGUGUUUAAUACUCAUAAGCCUAUAGUAAAAAAAAUAUAUAUGUAAUUCCACACUCUUCAUUGGUUUUUCUUGUGUCUGGUGUGAUUUUUUAGGAUGCCUCUGGCUACCUGUUUGAAGGGGACCUGGGCUUGCAGGCCCCCACUCAGCUUCAGGACACAUCCUUCCUCUCCUCCUUGAGCCAACCGGAAAAGAACGUCAGGGAGGAUCUGGAUCUCCGCUUCCUGCCUGAUGAUCUGCCGGAAGAGACCAGUGGAAACGCUGCUUCUAAUGCUAACGUGACACAAAACAGUGGCGUCUUCAAUGGCUAUAGACAAGAGGAGUCUGCUGAGACUGACCCUAAAAUGGUGGCCAUGCUGGGAGCCUCUACCUUCUGUCCCAUGACCCCAGUGGCUGAGAGUUCUGGAAUCAUCCCCAUGUUACAGUGCGUAAUGUUACAAUUACCUGGGUUGUAUUCAUAAUGCACAUCUUAGCAAAACGUUUUGCAACAUAAACUGUUUACGCCAAACUUAGCCCAAUAUUGGACUAAAGGAGCCUAACAUUACUCCUUAGCCCAAGGAUCUUACAUGUUCUGUUUAAAGGGCAAAUUGGCAAUGGAAGCAAAAACAGCUAAAUACUCAAUCUAAAGGUGAAUCGAUUCUCAAUUGCAGUAAGGUUCUUGAAUCAUAAAUCCCUCUACUUUCAUAUUAAAUCAAAAAUAAUUUCACAAAUGCAAAAUACACACUUACUGUUAACAGUUGCAGCCAACUGUAUUUUUCAGUGACAACAACACGUUUGUGGCAUCUGUCUUCCUUUUACACACAGGUGUUUGGAGACGCAGAUAACUAUUAUAACUAAUUAGUGCAUAUAGUCCACUCUGUUUUCCAUAAACAAGCACUGUAACAUGGAAAUAUGGCAGUGUGGGAACCCUAACCCUAUAAAGGGGUGUACCAAUAAAAAAAUUUUUGCCGAUAUGAAAGAAAGAUCCUUAUGCUUCCAAAAGCGUCCCGCAAGCGAUGCGUUUUAAUGAUCAAACCGAGCAUCGGGACUCUUAACAAAACUCCCCCCUACAGAAGAAUCCUUCGUCCAAUGACUCUUAUGUGUAAUGUAAUGGAACUGAGAGUCAUGGUCAAGGGCUACUCCAAACUAUCUAAAUGGUUUCUGUUGUGAAUGGUUUUGCUAAUACUAGGGUUUGCACUAAUGAAUACGACCCUGGGAAAUGAAGUAGUGCACUAUACAGGGAGGGAAUAGGGUUUGCUCUGGCCAAAAGCGGUGCACUAAAUAGGGAAUAGUGUACCAUGUCGGAAUGGCCCCUACUCGUCUUGCUUGUAUUGAUGAGCUAAUAUUGAUCAGUGCUUGCAUGUGAGCCCGUUUAUUGUUUAUGCCCAGGAAUAUUGUAUCCACAGUGAAUCUGGCCUGCCCACUGGACCUGAAAUCCAUCGCUCUACAAGCCAGAAAUGCUGAGUACAACCCCAAGGUAUUCAAGUACAUCCAGUCCAUACUUAGUUUUAUAUACAGUAUGGUGUAACUUGUUCCAAAUGAUGUUUUCUUGAAUGAUUGUAAUUGGUUACGAUCAGAUAUUUAGUUUUCCAUUAUUAUGCCAUGAUGUGGGCAUUGUACUCAUGUUUCAGCGUUUUGCUGCCAUCAUUAUGAGAAUACUGGAGCCUAGGACCACAGCUCUCAUCUUCAGCUCUGGAAAGAUGGUCUGCACAGGAGCCAAGAGGUGAGACGUAAGGACAGUAUGUCACAGACAAACACCAUGAACCAUGGUUGUGUUCAGUAGAAAGAAAAAUGUUUAGAAACUGAGUGAAAUUGAGAUUACCUGAACUUUUCCAAUAAAAGCACAUUUUUGUUUUUAUGUUGCAAGAUGUUUUGUUAGUGUGCCCUACUGAACACUGGUAUCACACUCAUUUCCAGGGCCUUUUUUAUUUAUUUAUUUUUUUACAUCUAAACAUUAGGUAUGCACCUCUCAUUGCUUGAGCCAUGCCACUAUGCUGUUUUUUCUCUCUAUUCUGACAGUGAGGAGCAGUCUCGCCUAGCUGCCCGCAAGUAUGCUCGAGUGGUGCAGAAGCUGGGCUUUCCAGCAAAAUUCCUAGACUUCAAGAUACAGAACAUGGUGGGGAGCUGUGAUGUCUGCUUCCCCAUCCGGCUGGAGGGUCUGGUGCUGACUCAUCAGCAGUUCAGCAGGUACAUUUAGUGGCUGCGUUAGGAUUUUCUAACCUUCUCCAGAAGUGUUCACUCCCUCUCAUGUGUUUAAAUGCAUUGCAUUGGUGCAAGCAUGGCAGGAGAGUUUCCACCACCAUAUUCCACACCCCAGUAGUCCAUUCCUUUUAAAUCCAUGUGGGGGAGUGUAGAAAACCGGAAUAUAGACAACAAUUAGCUGACAUCCUUUAGUCAGAGAUAUUCUGUCCAUUUUGUUGAUUGAAUACUAUAGUGUAUUUUAUUCACUCUUUUUUCACAGAAUAUUCAAAUACAGUGGGGAGAACAAGUAUUUGAUACACUGCCGAUUUUGCAGGUUUUCCUACUUACAAAGCAUGUAGAGGUCUGUAACUUUUAUCAUAGGUACACCUCAACUGUGAGAGACGAAAUCUAAAACAAAAAUCCAGAAAAUCACAUUGUAUGAUUUAAGUAAUUAAUUUGCAUUUUAUUGCAUGACAUAAGUAUUUGAUACCUCAGAAAAGCAGAACUUAAUAUUUGGUACAGAAACCUUUGUUUGCAAUUACAGAGAUCAUACGUUUCCUGUAGGUCUUGACCAGGUUUGCACACACUGCAGCAGGGAUUUUGGCCCACUCCUCCAUACAGACCUUCUCCAGAUCCUUCAGGUUUCGGGGCUGUCGCUGGGCAAUACGGACUUUCAGCUCCCUCCAAAGAUUUUCUAUUGGGUUCAGGUCUGGAGACUGGCUAGGGCACUCCAGGACCUUGAGAUGCUUCUUACGGAGCCACUCCUUAGUUGCCCUGGCUGUGUGUUUUGGGUCGUUGUCAUGCUGGAAGACCCAGCCACGACCCAUCUUCAAUGCUCUUACUGAGGGAAGGAGGUUGUUGGCCAAGAUCUUGCGAUACAUGGCCCCAUCCAUCCUCCCCUCAAUACGAUGCAGUCGUCCUGUCCCUUUUGCAGAAAAGCAUCCCCAAAGAAUGUUUCCACCUCCAUGCUUCACGGUUUUGAUGGUGUUCUUGGGGUUGUACUCAUCCUUCUUAUUCCUCCAAACAAGGCGAGUGGAGUUUAGACCAAAAAGCUCUAUUUUUGUCUCAUCAGACCACAUGACCUUCUCCCAUUCCUCCUCUGAAUCAUCCAGAUGGUCAUUGGCAAACUUCAGACGGGCCUGGACAUGCGUGGCUUGAGCAGGGGGACCUUGCGUGCGCUGCAGGAUUUUGAUCCAUGACGGCGUAGUGUGUUACAAAUGGUUUUCUUUGAGACUGUGGUCCCAGCUCUCUUCAGGUCAUUGACCAGGUCCUGCCGUGUCGUUCUGGGCUGAUCCCUCACCUUCCUCAUGAUCAUUGAUGCCCCACGAGGAGAGAUCUUGCAUGGAGCCCCAGACCGAGGGUGAUUGACCGUCAUCUUGAACUUCUUCCAUUUUCUAAUAAUUGCGCCAACAGUUGUUGCCUUCUCACCAAGCUGCUUGCCUAUUGUCCUGUAGCCCAUCCCAGCCUUGUGCAGGUCUACAAUUUUAUCCCUGAUGUCCUUACACAGCUCUCUGGUCUUGGCCAUUGUGGAGAGGUUGGAGUCUGUUUGAUUGAGUGUGUGGACAGGUGUCUUUUAUACAGGUAACGAGUUCAAACAGGUGCAGGUAAUACAGGUAAUGAGUGGAGAACAGGAGGGCUUCUUAAAGAAAAACUAACAGGUCUGUGAGAGCUGGAAUUCUUACUGGUAGGUAGGUGAUCAAAUACUUAUGUCAUGCAAUAAAAUGCAAAUUAAUUACUUAAAAAUCAUACGAUGUCAUUUUUGUUUUAGAUUCUGUCUCUCACAGUUGAAGUGUACCUAUGAUAACAAUUACAGACCUCUACAUGCUUUGUAAGUAGGAAGACCUGCAAAAUCGGCAGUGUAUCAAAUACUUGUUCUCCCUACUGUAUACUCCAGACCUGAACAACCUAUUCUCUAUUCUCCUGUAGCUAACUGUGUGAUACCUUUUGGCCCUCUAGUUAUGAGCCAGAACUGUUUCCUGGUUUGAUCUACCGCAUGGUGAAACCACGUAUUGUGCUACUGAUCUUUGUGUCUGGAAAAGUGGUUCUGACAGGUACGUAUGUUGACAACUGGGGCGGGUUCAGCAGGACACUGUUGAAGAACAUUCCGAUAGAAAUAUGCUAUGUAAAACAAAUGCCUCUCUGGCAUAUAGAAUCAUGUCGGCUCUAUUCAUGGUAUUUUUAUCUGCAACGUUCAACAAUGUUUGGCUACUGAACGUGACCCUGGGGCGUAUUCAUUAUGCCUAUUCUUGUAAGGUUUUAUGGCAGACUACACCCAUUGGUGUAUUGCUACCACCGACUGUAGGGGGUAUUGAAACAAAACAUAAUCCUUUGCGGGAAGGGUGGAAUAAAUAACACUGCAUGGGUUUGGGAACUAAGGCUCUCACAGGGUAUCUCAUACAACCCAAAUACUGGUGAGAAGGGAGAGACUCUUCAUCAAAAAACAAUAGAAUGAAUGGAGUGGGUUUCCUAGCUCCAUCCACCAUGUGGGUCAGUCGGUGUGUACCAACCACUUGAUCCAAUUAUUCACAUACUGUAUAUCCUUUGCUUUUACUUCUAGUGCCACCCCAGAGAUAACACCCUUGAUAGGUGCCCUGCUUCGAAGAUCCACACACGACACAUUCCAAUUCGUUAUCUUCUUGAGGCAUAAAGCACACUCCUUCUGUUUCAUAGAUACACAAAAAAAUAAGCCCACUUCUCAUUACACUCAUCAACGCCACCUCAUCCAACCCAUCCACAAGUUUUAUAGACUUCAAUCGGAACUCCCAGGUAACAUCGAUGCAAAACCCUUACUCUGACCAAAGACUAACUAGGCCUGGAUUUACUAGAUUCCACUUUACUUCUCUUACUUCCUUUUCCAUUCGCCACUGUAAUCCAAUUAUUUUCAUCUUCACUCCACACGCCAUCUGAUUUAAACAUAACAUCUGCUUCUGCCACGUUCUCACGGGGUUGCUGUUACGGCUAUUCUUCUUCUUUAAAGUUGUAUGGCAGACUACACAUAUUGGUGUAUUGCCGCCACCUACUGUACGGGGUAUUGACUGUUACGCCUAACAGGGAGGGACCUACCUGAAUGUGUCUAAUAGAAACAGUACUAUGAUGACGUGCUUGCUUUUCACAUUUGAAAAUAAAUGUUGAUUUAAAUCUUCACGUAAAAAAAUGUAGCCAGAAAUACUCUCCAUUUUCUUUCAGGAGCUAAAGAACGUGGAGAAAUCUAUGAAGCCUUUGAGAACAUCUACCCCAUUCUGAAGGGAUUCAGAAAGCAAUGA